AUGGCUGUCAAUCGCCCCCCAUUGCACCGACCGACAGAUGGCCGAUCGCAGCAACCGUUACUCAAAGAUGACCAGACUGGCCGCCUGUCCCGCUCUAGCUUCGGGAAUGGCGACGCAGAGGGCCGUCCUAUGUUGCACCACACCCGUCGACCUACCAUGCGGAGUAGGAGCCCGGAAUAUGACGCUGCCCAAGCCACACGCAAGAAAUACAUGAUUGCUGCAGGAUUUUUGCUGUUGAGUCUGGCCAGCUUUGUUGUGCAGACCGAGACCGCCGUAUACAUCCAGCAUGAGUUACAUUGGGAUAAACCGUAUUGCAUGCUUUACGUCACCCAUGGAUCCUGGGCAUUGCUCUGGCCAGUGCAGCUUGCCAUCCUACGAAUCCAGAAGCGCAAGAUGUCAUGGAACGCUUUCUGGCGCCGCCAUGUAUUCCUCAUCAAAAGUACAGCCCAGAUGGUAGAAACCCAAGAUGUCCAUUUGACCUCCCGUGACUAUCAUCGUUCUCCGGUCCCAUACAUGAUCAAGACGACUGCUUUCGUGACCACUGCCCUCACGAUCGCAGGUGGCUCAUGGUAUGUUGCCGUGAACUUGACGACCGCCAGUGAUUUAACCGCCAUCUACAAUUGCUCUGCAUUCUUCGCAUACGCCUUUUCCAUCCCUUUGCUCAAAGAGAAACUCCGAUUCGAUAAAGUCUUUGCGGUUUGCAUUGCAAUUAUCGGCGUCCUAGUGGUGGCCUACGGGGAUCGACCCGAGAAGAAGGUCUCCAAGGGAGGAACCACUGGUGCUGAAGACCAAGAAGCCCAGCACCGACUUCUAGGCAACAUUGUCAUCGGGGUCGGAAGUGUGCUCUACGGCCUGUAUGAGGUGCUGUACAAGCGCUUUGCUUGUCCUCCGGAGGGUACAAGUCCCGGUCGGGGCACGAUCUUCGCCAAUACUUUUGGUAGCAUGAUCGGUUGCUUCACGCUUACAGUAUUGUGGAUUCCGAUCCCAAUCCUGCAUAUUCUCGGGUGGGAAACCUUCCGAUUCCCCACGGGCGAGGCUUUCUGGAUGCUUCUUAUCUCCAUCUGUGCCAAUGCCACUUUCUCUGGGUCUUUCCUGGUGCUCAUCUCUCUAACCUCGCCCGUUCUGUCAUCUGUGGCCGCUCUGCUGACGAUCUUCCUUGUGGCUAUUGUGGAUUGGUUCCGCACAGGACAGCCACUAUCUUUCGCGGCCAUCAUUGGAGGUAUCUUGAUCAUGGCGGCAUUUUUCCUCCUCAGCUGGAGCACCUACCGCGAACUAAAUGAGGAGCGGAAAAAGCAUUUGGAGAACGAUCAGGUCGAAACGGACAGCGAUGAAUAA